AUGAAAUUUCGCUGUCACGUCUACAAAUCACGUCAACAAGAAAAUCGUUUAUAUUUAAAUGAUGUAUCUAUCCACGGUGUUGAAUGUUUUGAAAAUGACUGUGAGCCAUCGGUGUACAUUGCAUCAAAACGAUGCGAUACCAACGGAACGUAUGUAAACCAGCUCGGAAGUUUAUUAGACACAAUGAUGUUUCCUCAACAAAUUAAACGAGCAAUAUCCUAUGUUUCAUCAUCAAAUCUAUCGGCAUUUGCUCAUGAGCCGAGAAACUCCCCUAAUCGCUUAUUAUCAACAAAAUCAACCGAAGUACUUCUCAAGCCAAGUUUAGUAUUAGGUGGAAUUUUCGAGAGAAUGUCCAGUGUUCAACGAGCAAAAUCAAUCAACGAAUUAUCCAGACUUCGAGAUGCCAUACUGAGCUCCAUUGACAGAAAUGGAAGAGAAAAUUCUUUAUUGAAACUUCAUCGAACAUUUUCAUCGCACUAUGUCAAAACAAAUGUUGUGUCUUUGGACGUGCCCAUUGAUGAGCGACGAACAUCAGCAAAAUCAGCAACAGAAAUCAAUGUUCCAUCAGAACAGCUCACUCAAACGCCCAAAGACAAUCGAGUAUUCGAUUUUGACAAAAAAGAAUUUGCCAGAACUGAACCAACUUUUAAUGUUCUUAAAUGGCCCAUUUUCGAGCGGAAAGAUAUGAUGCAAACAAAAUUGAAUCAUUCAAAUCUUUUACAUUCGUCCGAGGCAAACAACCAGCAGUCAAAAAAUGAAGUGCAAUCGAACUUAAGAGAUGACACAGCUAUAGAAAAACUUUUAGUUGAUGGUGUUUUAUUAGAAAUAAAUAGCCCAUUGGAAGCAAUGUUCCAUGCAAAUAGUAGAGUAAAUGAGCGAAAACCAGAUUUUGAUCAACCAAAACAGAAACGCUCUCCAGCAGACAGUACAACUGAUCAAAUUGUUUUUUCCAGUCGAAAAAUGACACCAGAUGUAUCAAAUAAAUUAGGAGCUGAUAGAGCAGUGACUAAAAUGAAUUCUCUUACAUUAUUCGACAGUUCUACUCGAAAGUUAGAGAAGAGUUAUCCCACCACGCCAAAAUGUUUACCAAUUGGUAGCGUAAUGAAGCUAAUCGAGCCAGCAGACGAUCUACAACAAAUGAUGGAACAAACACAGGAUUCAAUACCAGCACAACCACCCGGUUCGGAUCAGCAGUCGCAACAACAAACACUUUCCGGUAAAAGUACUUCAGUAGGUUCUAUUAAACAAACACGAUUUCGUGAUCAAGAAAAGAACAUACCAAAGAAAAAUUUGCCGAUGUAUAAUCCUUUGCUUGAAAAAAGCGAUCCAAUCCGUUCUGAUCUGAAUCUAACUGAAGCAAAGAAACAAAAUUCAAGUUUUGAUCCAGCUGUCAACGUACCAUCUAUCAAGAAAGAGUUACAACCAACGACAUCGAAAACUUUAAAUAAAGUAAAAUGGGUAAUUGAAACUCCAAUUAGGAAUGAAAAACUUGUACCAAUAAAUUACUUAUCUCUUGUUCUUCAAAAAUCUGAAACAGCCUCAGUAAGCGAACUGCAAAAUUUUAUUCCAUUAAAGCGGCAUGAAGCGAAUUCGAGAUUCCAUAUUAUCGGCGAUCCACACGUCCCUAUGAGAUUACAAGACGACCCGAUAUCUCAAAAAACUAGCAUGAAUGAUUCAGAUGUUGAUUCAACAGUUGAAGAUAGAGUAGAAAACGAAAUCUAUUUACAUCAGCAGAGUUCACCAAAAAAAUUAACUGUUGAAAGUAUUAAUAAAACCUCAAAAGAUGAAAAUGAAGAAUUUGAUAUGGUGCCAAAACAGAAAAAUUUUGAUAGUUGGUCGCAGAAUUCAUUCAACAAUCUUCAAUCGAAGAUAACCGAUAAUAAGCAGUCAUUUAGUUUCAGUUUAAAAGAAGUAACAGAAAAUAUGAUCAAAGAUGAUGUAACAUCAAGUUCUCAAUCAAAACAAACUGGUCAGCAACAACAAACAACUUCUGGAACAGCAAAUAAAAAUGAAGUGGCUAAGAAUAUUAGAAAUUCGAAUGAGAAACCCAUUGUUCUUCAAGAUAAUGAUGUAGAUGAAACUAGUUCAUCUGCAGGCAUUUUAGUAUUACAACCAACAGUAGAUUCUGAAGCAAAUUAUUUUACUUUGAAUGAUCAGAAGAACUUGAUCACUGUUUCGGAAUUAAUAUCCAAUGAGAAUGACGUAAAAGCAUCAAAACAGAGUGGAAUACAUAGUCCACGAAAUAGUUUAGGCCUGGCAUGUGAUUCAAUCGAGUUAAUGCAUAAAAAAAAGCAAAAUAAUCAAGACCACCAGCAAACAACAGAUAUUGGAAAUAAUCAAUCAUCAAAACGCAAAUCCGUAUUGAGAUCAAGUUUAAAUAGUUGCGAUCGACCCCAACAAAAUGAAAUGAUUUCUUAUGUAGCUAUCGAUGUAGAAUUAGACAAUCGACAAGCAAUUCAAAAAGAAAUACAACAUCAUUCAUCACUCGGGAAAAUGAUACCGUGCAAGAGUCCAAAACCAGCAAGAGAUUCUAUAGAGUUGUUGAAAGAAAGAAUAGUCUCAACAGGAACAUUUUCAUUCGGUUCUAUUUAUGCAGAUGUUCAAAAAUAUCAAUCAGAUAGUAAUGAAAAACACGUUGGAUUUAUACAAAAACAGGGAGAUGUUCUUAUAACACCGGUAUUAAAUGUUGGUCGUAGUAGUUACAUUCAACAAGAGCGAGAACAUUCAAAGAAAACAUCAAAAAAACACAUAUGUUCAUAUUCAAGUGAUAUAAGUAAUAAGCACCAUCAACUGUCAACUUAUUCAUCGGAAAGAGCGAAAAGUGACAUAUCAUUUACCUGUACACGACAGUCACACAUGACUGAUAUUGAACCGACUACAAUAAAUAGACUGACAAAGACAACUGAGGCAGCAUCAAACGUAGAAAAUCAUUUUGGUGAAGUAUCAGAUGAUAUUAUAGAACCCAUACCACCGUCAUCAAUUAUUGCCGAAAGAUCAUCAACAGUAUCUGUUCCUGUGAUACGCACCAGCACUGUCGAUACUGAAGAUUUGGAAGAUGUUGAAGAUGAAACAAUAGUUGAACGUUUAUAUGGUCUCACAGAAAUGUUUCCUGAAUGGUUGAGAAAUUUUUCUGGACAUUUAUUUCAUUAUUCAUUUAGUUAUUCAACCCGUUUUGCAAAAAUUUUCAAGGGAGCUGCAUGGUUUUUAGGUUCAUCAUUUGUUGUUUUGGUUUUACCUAUAUUAGUCGAAUUAGAAUUGUCACAAGUUGCAGAGUAUCAAGCGGCUCAAACUCGUCAGUUUAAUGAUCAAUAUCAAUAUGGUGGAGGCUCUUCUACUACCGCUGUUCAACCGGACUUAGUUCGGCAAGAUAGUGAAAAUUAUUAUGAUCCUUAUACGUCAAAUCGAGAAAUAUUAACUCAUUUUGCUGAUUUUAAACGUGCAAUUAAUGAAGGAAAUGUUACUCUUAUAUCACAUUAUUAUAACACAAAUUACACAGCCUGGAUGAUGAGUUUCAGUAUGGAUUGGCCAUCGAGUGAUGUUUUGCAAACUCAUAUUGGAGAUGAUAAAUUAUUUUUAACAUUAUAUAAAGAAAUGUAUUUUCGUCAUAUUUAUGCCAGUAAACCUGGUGGUGUGACAUUGGAAGAACGUAUCGAUUCAUAUGUUAACUAUAUCGAUUUAUUCAAUAUGGUAUUAGCUAAAGAACCGUUAAAACUUGAUUUACCUGAUCAAUGGUUAUGGGAUAUUAUUGAAGAAUUUAUUUAUCAAUUUCAAUCGUUUUGUAAUUUUCGAACAAAACUACAAAAACGUACAGAUGAUGAUGUUGAUCAAUUAAAACGUAAUUCUAAAAUGUGGAGUAUUCAUGCUGUACUUAAUGUAUUGCAUAGUCUGGUGGAUAAAUCAAAAAUAGUUGAACAACUCGGAGCGAUUAAAAAAGGAGUUCCAUUUGAUGAUGGCGGCGAUCAAAUAUGUCAAACCAAUUUGUAUAAAAUGUUGGGUUAUUUCAGUUUGAUUGGAUUAUUAAAACUUCAUACAUUGACUAGUGACUAUUAUAUGGCAUUAAAAACAAUCGAAUGUAUUGAUUUAGACGUAACAAAACAACAUGUGUAUUGUCAAGUUCCACAUUGUAUUGUUGCAACGAAUUAUCAUGCUGGCUAUUGUUUUACAAUGAUGAGACGUUAUGAAGAUGCAAUACGAAUAUUUGUUGAUACAUAUCUUUACGUAUUACGUAUCAAAACUGUUUUCACCACACAAACAUUUCAGAAUGAUGCGGUCAAUAAAACAGCCGAACAAAUGUUAUUAUUGUUAUCAAUCUGUUUAACACUAUGUCCAAUGAGAAUAGAUGAAGUCGUUUAUCAACAAUUACGCGAAAAAUUUCAAGAUAAAUUAAAUAAACCAUUAUUAACUACUGGAGCUGAUGGUAAAAUGCAAUUUCGUGAUUAUUUUGGUUUUGCGUGUCCGAAGUUUAUUUCUCCUUCUCCAACAAUUUAUGAUCAAAGAACAGAUCAACAAUGGGCAGAACCGUUUAACAAACAAAUUGAGGUAUUUACGGAAGAACUUCAGGAGCAAAUAAAUAUACCAGAUGUGCGAAGUUAUUUGAAAUUGUAUACAACAUUGAAUAUUGAUAAAUUGGCAGGAUUUAUGGAAAAGACUCCACAAGAAGUCAAAACUAUUUUGUUAACAUUUAAGCAUAAAUUAAGUCGAAAUGAUUGGGCUCAAAAAAAAGAAGAAGAUUUUCAAUCGUCAGCUGAUAUUGAUUUUUAUGUCGAUAAAGAAAUUAUUCAUAUUGCUGAUACAAAAGUAACUCGACGUUACAGUGAUUACUUAGUAAAACAAAUUCUCAAUAUGUUAGAAGAGUCCGAAACUCAAACAUUCAUUACUCGAAAAUUAACGUUUAAAAAUGAUGAGCAUGAUGAUAAUGAUGAAAAUGUAUCCAUUACAAUUUUGGAGAGAUGUGAAACAUCCUAUGGACUUUAUUUAUGGCCUGCGUCUCCUGUAUUAGCACAAUAUUUAUGGCACUACCGUUCUACUUUUAUUGGAAAAUGUAUUCUAGAGAUUGGUUCUGGAACAUCUUUGCCAGGUAUUUUAUGUUGCAAGAUCGGAGCAGAAAAAGUUAUCUUAUCAGAUAUAGAAAAUUGUUUAAAAUUAAUAAAUGAAGUUGUAAAAGUGAAUAAUGUAGCUGAUCGUAUUUAUAUUGAAAAAUUGAAUUGGUAUGAUAAAAUUUCAGUUGAAAAGUUAUUGGAAAAACAUCAUCCAGAUAUAAUAAUAGCUUCAGAUAUAUUUUUUAAUAAAAAAGACUUUGAAUCAAUUAUAGCAGUGUUAAAUUUAUUAUUUGAAUAUGGAAAACCGUCACUUAUAUGUAUAACAACUGUUGAAAUAAGAAGUCGUAGCACAAUGUUGAAACUGAAUUAUUUUCUCCGUUUAUGGAAUUUGAACGUCGAAGUAGUACCGCUGAAUGAUUUUAAUGGAGAUGUAGAAGAUAUUGCUUGCUCCAAACUAUUCAGCCAAAAAGUUACUAGCAUUUUACGACAAAGAAAUGAAUCGCUUAACGAUCCAGUAAAAGAGGCCGACACUGGUGGGGUGAUCAGCAUUCGUCAACAACAAAAACAGCAAAAUUAUUUUGAUAAUCAACAAGUUUACUUUCAACUAGCUGGUGACAAAUAUUAUGAUGAACAACGAUCGCCACUCUCGUCAUCUGAUGCUAAUGUGUCAGACACAUGCAAUAAUUUUCUAACAUCUUAUGCGAGUUAUGAUUUCUAUGAUCGUCCAACUUAUUUUUCAUUAGAUCAUUCAAUUAUUAAAACAGAGGACGAAACACUUUAUCCCAUACAACAACAACAAGUUGAACUUGAUUAUACCUGUUUAUCAUCAACUGUCACACCGCAUGCUCCAUCAACAGUGCCAUGUUCUCCGCCACCCGAAUCAUUAGAAACACCCAUUUAUACCGAGCUUGCACAACAUAAGUUGUCAUCGCAUGAAAAAUAUAUUCCGUGUAUCAAUUAUUCUCAAGAAAUAUUUUAUCAACAAUUAUCAACCGUCGAAGUAUCAGAUUCAAAGGUUGAGCAACCAGUAAAAAAAUUAACCAAAAAAAUGACAACCUCUACAAUAUUAACACCACCGACAUCUAAAAAAAGCGUUUAUGCUCGUCUUGACUGUCCACAAUUUGGAACCUAUGACAUAUGUCAAGAAAAAACAGUUAUUGGAAGACAAAAUAAUCGUCGACAAAUUGAUAUAAAUAUGGGUGCAUCAUCAGUUGUGUCACGAGUUCAUUUCGAGCUGUACCUUAUUGGUAAUGAAUUUCAAUUAAAAUGUAUAGGUAAAAACGGUAUAUUUAUUAAUACAAAUUACACAAAAAUGGGUGCUACCACAGUUCUACCAAAACAAUGCAGUUUACGUUUCCCAAGUACAACAAUUUCUAUUACAUUUUCAUCGUUUUUAAACAAUCGUCAGGAUAUUUCUCGACAUGCUUCAACAGAUGUUCAGCGUUUACCUCAUUCGUCAACAUCAACAACUUCAAUCUUACAGCAGACACCACCACUAUUAGCACCUUCCCUAACCCAAACAUUUCAUCAAACAGUCUCAACUGUACCACAGUCACAACAGUCAAUUAAUCAUCAACACAAUGGUCAUAAUUCCAUUAAAAAUAAUCACAUAAGUGGAAAUAUAAUACCACUUACGAUCAACGUACCUUCCGUUAAAGAAAUGAACGGAUUAAAACUACCAGGGAUUGAAGUUUUUCAUAGUUCCCCACCUCCUAUGUCUCCAGUGAAUCAGAUUAGUUCAAUUACUUCAUGUUCAGUCAGUCCGAUCAGCAACACAUACAAUGAUCAUAAUGAUAACUUUAAUUUAGGACGAAUGUUUAGUUCGGAUACGCGAACAUCAGACACGCCAACAAUUCAUCGUAAAUCAUCAAAUGAUUAUUCAGCUGAUUUAGAUAAAAAUUCUUCAGCAAAACCACCAUUUUCGUACGCGCAACUGAUUGUACAGGCUAUAGCUUCUGCAGAAGAUCGGCAAAUGACGCUGAGUCAGAUAUAUACGUAUAUAUCAAUGAAAUAUCCAUAUUAUGAGUCAAAUAAUCGUGGAUGGCAGAAUUCUAUUCGACAUAAUUUGUCGCUAAAUCGUUAUUUUAUACGUGUGGCACGCAAACAAGAUGAUUCCGGUAAAGGUUCAUUUUGGCGUUUGGAUCCAACAUGCGAAGAUAAAUUAAUUGAACAAGCAUUUCGCCAUCGAAAACAACGUGGUCUUAGCGGUGGAAGAAGUUUUGGUGAUAGUACAUGUUCUGAUCCACAAUCUCCGACACCGUUUGAUCAAUCUGAUUAUCCCUUGUCUGAUACAAAUAAUAACUUGACGACAAGUCGUCCAACAACCCCCUUUUCUCCAUUUGAUGGUAUUUCUCCCUCUCGAGACAAAACUAACAGCAGAAAAUAUUCAUUUACAACAAAUCAAGAACAAAUUUUAACACCUGGAUGUAACGACGAAAGCGAACCAAGAAAAUCUGACAAUAAUAAUCGAACAAUUCCUUUUCCAGUAUUACUCUGUUCGGCUAAUGGCAAUAAUGUCUUAGGCGUCGUUGAACCAUCAUUACUUCGUAAGUGUUUUCUGCUUGGUAUGUCUGUCCCAUCAUCGACAGCGUUAACGACAAAUGUAACAUCUUUACCAUCCACAACAAUAACAACUAAUAUUAUGAACGAUAAAAAGGAUGAUAACAGCAGUCUAUCAACAACAAUUUUAUCAAAAUAUCCAAACGGCAAUGAAAAUAAUACAAAUUAUGAUGGCAGACAUGUACAACAACCGUACAAUCCGACACCAUUAACGAAAAGUCUCUUAUCUAUGAAAACGGUAACGGCAGUUCAAAGCGAUAGUGAAUACAAGCUAAAUAUUCUCUCUGGUGUGAACAAUACUUCGAGUGUGCCAGCGGUAAAUAAGACUGUAAGACGUAGAAAGCCUAAAAAGCGAACUGCUAAUGGCCAAAAAUCGAGUAAUAUAAUUACCAAUACACAGCAAAAUAAUGAUGAGAUAAUAAUUCAAAAACAGGAUCAUGAACAAAAUGCACAACAAAACUUAGUUGUCUCUGGCGAACAUGAUGAUCAACAACGUAUUCCUUUAUAUCAAUUACUUUGCGAUAUAUUACAACAACCAGAAAUAAGUCGUUUAUUACGAGAUUAUUCUGAAUCAAUGACAAAUGAUGGCGAUUCAUCCUCAACAACAGCCACAUUAGCGAUUCCUCAACAACUUAUGACUAUUGUAUCACUUGCUAAUGCAUUGUACAAUAACAACACAUCACAAUUAACAUCAGCGUUAAAAAUUGAUGAUGAUAGAAAUGAAACAGUUGAAGAAGCAAAAGAGAUUAAACAUGAAACAGACGUGCCAUCUUCGAGUAUUCACCUGCCAGAUGAUCAAAUACAAGAGGAUAUUCAAGAUUUAAGAAUGUCGAGUAAUGAUGAACCGAUGACGACACAAGUACAAGAAAAUGAUGUUCAGUUAUCGGAAUAUGAAACACUAUUAACUAGUCUAAAUGAAUUAGCACAAAAUAUAGAUGACGAAUCUCUCACGCAUUUAUUAUCGGCCAUAGAUCCAAAUAUUUUAGCUACUAUUCGUGCAACAACGUGUCAAGAACAAGCGGCAAUCCCAUCAACCACAAUAAAAAGUGAUGAACAACAGCAGCAUAAUCAGCAGGAUGAAUUACAACAAAUCAUAUCAGAAUUGUUUCGUAAACAAAAGUUAUAUAAUUUACCGGCAGCCGCUGCCUAUUCAAAAAAUGAUGAACAAACUACGAACGUGAAUCAUGAGACAGAACAAAAUCAACAACAAUAUAAUCCGGAUACAAUCAUGAAUGAUACCAACGUACAACUUAUUUCAAAUUAUUCGUUAAUGUUAUCGUCGGCCACACCAUUACAAAAAAACAAAGAGAUAUCCACUUUAUGCUUUGACCCAAAAAUAGAUGCAUUUCAAGCCGUAAAGAGUGAAAAUAAAGACAAACGAUCGUUUAAUGACAAACAAAAACUAAAACGUUCAGUUUCAAGUCAAUCACAAAAGAGGUUAAAACGAAAAAUAUUUUCUUCUUCGCCAUCAUCACCAGUUUUAUUUGAGCAAAUCACGGCAGCAACAAAUGAAACUGAAUCAUUAUUAAAAAAAUCAAAAUCAACUGCGAAUGACGAUGAGCAAAACCAUAUCGAUGAUUCCUUAGAUAAAGAAGUUGAAAAUUAUACAUUCGGAAAUAAUUACAAACGUAAAACGAGUAUGGAUAAUGGUAAAACUGAAGAAGAUAAUAUGGUAAAAAAGUUCAGAAAAAAUAGUACAGACGAAAAUAAACAACAACAGUCUAUUCCCUUAUUAUUAUCAACCAUUGUCCAGGGUGAAGCACCAAAGCCAGAUAUGUAA